UUCCUUCUGCAGUCCUCACUCUUCAUCUUUUCUUCUCCCUCUAGUCCAAGUUAAAAUGCCACCUGCUGUUUCACUUCUAUUCCCUGCCCACACAGGCUCUUCAUUCUGAUCCCACUGCCCUAAAUGGUGGAUGUGCUUUUUAUUAGAGGUCUCACCACAUGCUCACAAUCAUUUGUCUGUUUCUCAACGUCAGCACUGCAGACAUUUGGGGCCAUAUAGUUCCUUGUUGCAGAGGGUUGUCUUGCAAAGGUUGUAGACCAUUUGUGAAAUGAGUGACUCUGAUGAUGACGAUAUCCCUCGGCUAUCUUCCCACACAUUAGCAGCCCUCCAGGAAUUUUAUGCUGAGCAGAAGCAACAAAGUGACCCUGGCAGGGAUGAUAAAUAUAACAUUGGAAUAAUAGAAGAGAACUGGCUGAGCCAGUUUUGGUACAGUCAGGAAACUGCCUUGCACCUUGCGAAGGAAGCCAUCGCAGCUGCUGGAGAGCAUGGCAGAAUAGCCUGUGUGAGCACCCCCAGUGUUUACCAGAAACUGAGAGCCCUACACAGAGAAGACUUCUCUGUAUACAUCUUUGAAUAUGACAAAAGAUUUGCUAUAUACGGAGAGGAGUUUAUCUUCUAUGAUUAUAAUAAUCCAUUGGAUUUACCAGAAAAAAUUGCUGCACGUAGUUUUGACAUCGUAAUAGCAGAUCCUCCCUACCUUUCCAAGGAGUGUCUCAGAAAAACAUCAGAAACCAUCAAGUAUCUGACUCAGGGCAAGAUUCUGCUGUGCACAGGUGCCGUCAUGGAAGAAGAGGCAGCAAAACUUCUUGGCGUGAAGAUGUGCAAAUUUAUUCCAAAACACACCCGAACCUUGGGAAAUGAGUUUCGCUGUUAUGUGAAUUAUGAUUCUGGGCUAGACCGGGAAAUCUAAAUGUAGUAAUGCAACAGGGUAAAGGAUCCUGUGGGACAUUUCUCUUAUUAUUUCCUUGGUAGAUUGAAAAGUGAUAACCUCCUCUCCUCUCCUCCCCUGCAAAGUGGGGCUAUCUCUGGCCUAAUUUGCAAAAUAAAGAAUCCAACAUGUCAUGAUGAUUUCCUCAUUGCAGGCAUCUCCAGAGCUCUAGGUGCUUUUGACAACUUGAACCCGUGGAAUUAGAGUGGGAAGAAGUCUUUGAACCCGUCUAAAAUCUUUUCUCCUCACCUAAGAAUAGGUAAAAAAAAAAAAAAAAAAAAAACAAAAACACUGAAGUACAGGGACGCCCGGGUUGCUCAGUGGUUGAACAUCUGCCUUGGGCUCAGGUCCGGAUCCCAGGGUCCUGGGAUGGAGUCCGCCUCGGGCUGCCCGCAUGGAGCCUGCUUUUCCCUCUGCCUGUGUCUCUGCCUCUCUCUGUGUGUGUAUCUCAUGAAUAAAUAGUAAAAUAAAAUAUUUUUUUAAAAAACUGAAGUACAGUUUAGUGGCUUGGCCAAGACCUGAAUUAGGACUUAAACCAGUGCCUCAGGCCAUCUGCCCCCUUAAAACGGGCCUGACUCUACCCAGCGGACUGCUGAUUCUUCACAGUAAGAUUUGUGAAGGGGCUGUCAUCUACUCCAACCCCUCAAGGAGACACGACUUGCCUCCAUGGAAAAAGCUGAUAGUCCUUGGAACUGUAUCUGAAAGCCUCCCGGAUUUUUCCUCUUCGCCCCAGUUCUUGGAGGGAUGACAGGAACGUAGCCCAGGUGCCCUCUGUGUGGGCACAGCGCCUCCAUGCUCAGCCAGAGCCUCAUCAAAUGCUCCAAGCCGCCUGAGAACGAGCCGUCUGCAAACCAAACACUAUAGCAAAAAAGGUGAGAAGCAUGCUAGACAAAGUUACUCAUCGCUCAGCCACAUCACUUCCUCCUCAGAGGUCCCAAGGAAGUAAUUACUGAGAACUGCAACAUGGUUGGAUAUCAAGGGCCUUGUGCUGAGUGAAAAAACCUGUCCCCAAAGGUUACAUACUGUGUUCCCAUUUAUGUAACAUUCUUGGAGAGCAGAUUGGUGGUUGGCAGAGGUUAAGAUGGGGUUGGGGGAACCAGAAAAGGGAGAUCUUGGUGGAACUGGAACUGUUCUGCAUCUUGAUUGUGCAGCGGUGCCACAAAACUCCACGAUGGCAUUAGGUGGCACACAUACACACACAACGCUGUGAGCUCUGAGUGGGGCCUGUGGGCGGCACCAGUGUCCAUUUCCUGGGUGUGAUUCUGUGCUUAAGACCUCUCUGUAGUAUUUUUGCAAUUUGCUGUGAAUCUAGAAUCAUUUCAAAAUAAAAACUUUAAAAAUAGGGUGGAGGAGGUAUAACAUUUCCCCACCCAAUAGGACUUGCUUUGCUAACAAAACCUGAUCGGAAGUGUUGCUCAUCACUGCCAAGCAGAGCUUUCCUUUCUCUCAAACGGGGCUAGCAGUGGUGUUUCACGCAGCAGUGCUCUGGCUGUGCACGUCCUCGAGAGGCACAGCCGAGCCGUGGGCGUGGGGGCAGAAAGCCAACAUCGGCUCUUGAAAAUCAGGGACUGUUCGGUUGCUCCUCACGGCUGUGGAAGCCCAGCCUGUGCUGCAGAGCCCGUUGCCCUGGCGCCAGUGCUCAGGAGGUGUGGGGGCUCUCGUCUCUCAGUCCCCAAUUGUCCUACUUUGGGAUAAUUUUUAAUAUACUUUAAAAAUCACUUGGUAUAUUUAUGAGACAUUAAAUUUUUACCAGUAUAUCAGCACCUGGCACAUGUGAAGUAUUCAAUAAAUGUUUGUUCUUUAAAAAAAUACCUCCUACCUUAUUAUUUCCUCAUGAGUCAGUUUACUAGAAAUUACCUAGACCAGUAACAAAUUCUAGUAACAAAUCAUGUAUAGAAGUGUAAUGUGUAACUUAGGAACUGUGGGCAGGCAGCAGCCUAGAAAUACAGGAUUUUAGUUAUCCUGCAAGUCUAGCGUCUAGAUGAGGAGGAGAAACCGCAUUUCUUUGUGGAGGGAGGGGAAGGAAAAGGCAAAGCCUGACUCAUUAAACGUUUAAUUAAAUUGCUGUAUAAUAAGCAGCCAACAUGUGUUUUAUUACUUUGGACCCCUUGUGAUUUAGCAAACCUGUGUUCCCAUGCGAUCCACUUCUGGAUUUCAUAAAAGGUCAGCAGCUCUGCCUCUGCAACCUUCAGAAACCUGAGUCAGGGCUGCAGCACUGCAGGCUGGGGCAGAGGAAGGCAGGUGCGCCCUGCAUGGCCUGCCCAAAAUCAGCUUCCUGACUUCUUCGGAGGCACCCUCACCUCCUACACUCGACCAAAGCACUUUAAAAACUAAAAAGAACAUUUUAAGAGACCCCUUUUUAAAGUCUUUGCUAAU